CCCGGCUCGACAGCUUCAAACUGAUGAGAGAUGAAGGGAAAGCUGAGGGCGGGGAGGGGCGUGGGAGUCCAGAAAGAGAGGGGAGUAGAGGAAUCGUUUUAGUGAAAAAUCCUACCCUUCCAAACCCUAGAAUCCCUAAUCCCUCUAUCUUCUUUGCCUCCAGAAAUUAUUGUCAGCGCUUUCUUUCCGAUUCGUUUUCAUAUUCUACUGUUUUGUAGUUAGAAUUAAAACUGGUAGAAUAAAACUUUCACAAAAAGGGACUAUUUUUUCCACUUAUUUUCCCUUCUUCCGGCUUUUGGAUUCCUUGUUUUCGUUUUAGUAGAUCUGAAUUGCUUGUAGAAGUUUGAUUCUGGAAUCGGUUCUAGGGUUCCUUGUUACCCCCCUCCACAUCGAAAACUUUAUGCUUCUUUCUGUUAUUGUGCUUUUGAAUGCUGUUUUUGCAUCUUGAUAUUUUCCUGGAUUGAAGGAUUUGUAGUUGUAAGAGAAGUGUGAUGGAAAGGUUUGUGGCUUUUGAGCGCGAGAGCGAGGUUUCCGAUAAUACUCCGCGUGAUGGAGAGUUGGAUGGCGGUGCAGGUGAUGCUAGGUUUGAUGCUUCUCAGUAUGAGUUUUUUGGUAAGAGUGCUAUCAAUGAAAUAGAGCUUGGGGGCCUAGAAGAUGAUGCUGAUGAAUCUGGAUCUGUUGGAGAUCAUGAAAGAGAUUUUGUAUUUCCAACUCAUCAAAAUAGACAAGAGGCUGAAGCCUUUGGUUAUUCCUCUGAAAUCGAUGAUCUUUCAAGCAGUUUCCUGGAGUUGAACAGAGCUGUUGCACAAACAACUAGUUCAGCAGCUAUAGGUGGUAGAGGAUCGCUCUCUAGAGAAAGUUCUGCUGCUACAGAUAGGGUUAGGGAUUUGGGCCUGUCCAGCUGGCCAGAUCAGAAUGUUUUAGAUGCUGAUAAUGUCCAGGAUGGUAAACGGUGGUGGUCACAUCCAUAUCCCUCUCCUUCUCGCCAUGCAGAAUCCAAACCGUUGUACAGAACGACAUCAUUCCCUUACGAACAGCAACCACAGCAGAAAGUGUUCCCUCUAUCUGGUGAACAGUUACCACGGCUAAAUUCGAUUGAUCAAGUUCCCCUUCCCAAGUUACCUUUUACUUCCUACCCUCCACCUGGUGAAUUAUCUCAGGGUUCCCGAAUUCUCGAUAUGGACAUUUUAACACAAAGUACUGGAAUCCAGCCACCUUUCUCUGCACAGAAUGUCUUCCCUUUCUCUGGUCCUCAACCUCUACCUGAUAUGUAUCAUGGGAUGAACUAUGGUGGAAGCAUCACUCAAUUUGUCUCUCCAGGCUUGUCUAUUAGUAAUCAGGAAGAAAACAAUUUUAUGAGACAAUCUAGUAUAAUUUCUGGUGACCGCAAUAAUCUAUUUCCUGGUUUAUUUCAGCAGAAUUUAUCUCAUCCAAAUGGCCUAAUGACAUCGCAGCAACCUAGAUUUCAGAAUGUCCAGCCUUCUCUAUCACAUUACCCACAAUUAUCCCCUCAACUAUUUGGCUCACAUCCUUCACCCCACAUGCGUGAAACAAUGCUUGGAAUGGCUGAGUUGAGAGAACAAGGAUUGAUAAUGGGGCAAAGGGGAAGGCAAAACGUACGAUUUUCUAAUCAACCUUUGGAUAUAGGGAACCAAAGGAGCAACGCAUGGCCUCAAUUCCGAUCCAAGCACAUGACAUCUGAAGAGAUUGAAAGCAUUCUGAGAGUUCAGCAUGCCGCAACACAUAGUAGUGAUCCCUACUCUGAUGAUUAUUAUCAUCAAGCCUGUCUAGCAAAGAGAAGCUCUGGAUCAAAGUUGAGGCGCCACUUCUGUCCAAAUUCCAUUAGGGAGUUGCCUUCAAGAUCCCGAGCUAACAGUGAGCCACAUGCUUAUCUUCAGGUGGAUGCUCUUGGGAGGAUUCCCUUCUCUUCAAUUCACCGGCCUCGUCCGCUGCUGGAUGUGGACUCACCAUCUACAGCUGCUGCAGGAAGCAGCUCCGAGCAGAAAUGUUCUGUGAAACCUCUUGAGCAAGAGCCAAUGUUGGCUGCUAGAAUCACCAUUGAGGAUGGUCUUUGCCUUCUUCUUGAUGUAGAUGAUAUUGAUCGGUUCCUGCAGUUCAAUCCACCGCAUGAUGGAGACUCCCAGCUAAAAGGGAGACGGGAGGCUCUCCUGGAAGGGCUUGCAGCAUCUCUUCAGCUAGUUGAUCCGCUUGAUCCAAGUAAAGCUGGCCAGUCUGUUGGAAUAGCUCCCAAAGAUGAUUUUGUCUUUCUCCACAUAGUCUCUCUCCCAAAGGGUCGUAAGCUUUUGUCACGCUAUCUUCUGCUGCUUUAUCCUGGCAGUGAGCUUACUCGGAUUGUUUGCAUGGCCAUUUUUCGUCACCUCAGGUAUUUAUUUGGUGGUUUGUCCUCUGACGCUGGGGCAGCUGAAACCACAUCGACUCUUGCUAGAACCGUAUCUGUUUGUGUUUCUGGAAUGGAUUUGAGCACACUUAGUGCAUGUUUAGCUGCUGUUGUCUGUUCUUCAGAACAACCUCCUCUCCGUCCACUUGGAAGCGCAGCUGGUGAUGGAGCCUCGAUGGUUAUAAGGUCUGUAGUUGAGAGAGCUACAGAACUCUUGAAGGAUCAUCAUGGUACAAGCACCUAUAGCACUCAUAGUCGAGCUCUGUGGCAGGAAUCGUUCAAUGCUUUCUUCGGUCUUCUCUUGAAGUAUUGCUUGAGCAAGUAUGAAAGUAUAGCGCAGUCAUUACCACUCUUGAACUCACAGGAUUCUUCCAUGACUGGAUCAGAGGCAACCCUUGCAAUUCGCAAGGAGAUGCCAGUUGAAUUGUUGCGAGCUAGUCUUCCCCAUACUGAUGAACAUCAACGAAAGCUUUUACUGGAAUUGGCUAAGCGAUCCAUGCCAUCUGCUGGAUAGUUCUGAGUACAGCAAGUCAUGAUUUUUUUAUUUCCUUGUCAAUGCAGUAGGUUCUCUGCCUUCUCAUCGGAUGGUUACCGCAUUCAAGCUGGAUAAACUCUUGGAUGAUUUUGUUGUUCCUCCUAAUAGCUUUUUUUUAAAAAAAAUUCCCUACUCUUUAAAGAACCUGUAAUAAUGGCGUACUGUAGCACCCCUAGAAAGCUAGAAUAUGAAUGAUGCCUGGAAGGUUUCCUCGAAGGCGCUUAAUUUUUGUGCUCCUUGUUGGAACUCUGGGAAGUAGUAGUAGGGAUAAGAAUGUACAGGUCUUGUUACUGGACCGUCCGGUCACCAAUUCAAAUGCGCCACGUCACCCGAACACAUUGGCCCCAGGUGUAUCUGAGUGAUGUGGCGUAUUUGAAUUGGUGUCCGGAUGAAUCCAGACACCGGACAUAAUAAUUUUCCCUUGUUUUGGGUGGUUUAGCUCUUCUUAUUGGGAUUCGAGAUGGUGAGAUCAUCUAUGGUGGGGGGUUUGUUUUCCACUUUUUGGCCCUCGUUUUUUUUUGCUGUAGCAUGUAAAAGACUGGAAGCUUAAAUAACCCUACUGAUAAAAGCCCCACUUGUAUGGCAUUAGCAAUUGUAAUUUUGCUCUGAACGAUUGUCUUAAGUGCUGUUCAUCCUUUUGUUUUAAUGGAUACACUUUAUAUAUC